UCGACCACGCUAACAAACACAAAGACCACGCGGAGAGAAACGACGGCGUUGAGAGCGCGCGAGAGUCAUAAGACAGGCAGGCAGUAAAAACAGCUGGAGCAAAUUUACAAAAUUAAAAAAAAUAUAUAUAUACGUAUAUACUUAUAUAUAAUGCCCAACCUAGACAAAAUUUGCGUGGUUUUUACUUUGUCUAUGGUUGCGAACGUGCCUUGAAAAUAAAACAUUCGGAAACACUUAAAAAAUAUUGGUUUUUUAUAGAUAAACCCGCAAAAAUUAAAUCAACAGCUACAAAAAUAAGAAAUCUAAAAAGUGAAUGCCAUUUGGCAUGAGUCUAAUACGCGAAGAACUCUUUUGAGGAACACACACCCAAUUUGUUCCCUCUUUUUUUUCAAGUGUUUUUUUUUUUAUGUUACGUGUUUUUGCGACAAAAAACAGAAGAAUAUACAAUAUACUAUUAUACAUACAUACACAUGUAUGUACAUAUAUGUACGCAGUAUCAGUACAAUAACAUUCAUACAAUAUGCAACGCCACCUUGUAUUCAGUCAAAUCUGACCAAAAACAAACGGAAAAUUGGUAAUACAACGCAAACAAUAAAUAAACAAGUAGCUACCAAAAAUCAAAACAAAUGCGAAAAUAAGAGUAUAUAGCAAGACCCAAACUAAACGUAAUAAAUAUCUAUACGCAAUAUACACAUUUAUGUACGACUAUUGAAAAGAAAGAAGAGAAACACACCAGUCACAUGGCUAGCUUUGUAUGCCUGCAGAUACUUACAAACAUAUAUAUGUACAGAUAAAUACAUACUUGCUUAUAUAAAAGCAGACAGCAACGAUACACCUGAAAUUCAAAGCAGAGACCAAAGCAGACAUCGAAGACGCAACAAAAAAAGGCCAACAAAGGGAUUUCGCUAAAGCAAAGCUGCUAUAACCCCGAACAACCCAGAAAUAGAGCGGAGCAACAACAAACAGGGGACCCUCCGAAAAAUUACACAAACAACAAGAACCGGACACAGAACAACAGCAAUAACAACAACAUAAUGACAACAAAACCACCGAAAAAAGUAGCUCCUGACGGUGGCUGGGGAUGGGUUGCAUGUUUCGGCGUUAGUUUGGUCAACCUGGCCACACGCUCCAUUGAGCCCUCGUUCGGACUGCUCUUUGGCGAUCUACUAAAGGAUCUUGAUGUGGGUACUACUGGCGCCUCUGUGAUAAUCAGUGCCAUGGAUGUGUGCAUGAACUUCUCGGGCUUGUUCGUGGGUCCACUGCUCAAGGAGUUUUCCUAUCGAAAAGUGGCCAUUGCGGGCUCACUGCUCUGUGGCCUAGGCCUUGCGUUGACCUCGCCCGCCACCAGUAUGGCGCACAUUCUAGGCACAUACAGUGUGGUAAACGGCAUCGGAGUGGGUCUAUCCACAUCUGCCGCCUUUGUAGCGCUCAAUCAUUACUUCAAGUACAAGCGUGGGCAGGCGGUGGGCCUCUCGAUGGCUGGAACAGCAAUGGGAAUGCUGAUAAUGCCACAGUUGGUGCGUAUUUUACUCGAGGCGUAUGGCUUUCGGGGCGCUGUGCUCUUGUUGGCCGGUGUUGCUCUCAACGCCACCGUUGGGUCAGUGCUCUUGCAGCCUGUGAAAUGGCAUAUGAAGGAGGAGCUGGAAGAUGAAGAAAUGAUGACCAUAUCGGCAUUGCCAACGCCACAGCCACAGUUGAUGGGUAGCACCCACGCCCCUGAAUUUAAGGUUAUCAAGGAAGAUGGCACCGAGGAGGAUGCGUUGCCCGAAAUGAACACUCUGCUUUUCCAUAAGCACCACCUACACCAGCCGCAAAAUAUGCGAAAGAACUAUUCAGAAAUGGCAAUGAACACAAUGAUUGGCUCCCGUUUGGGACUGCCCAAGCGCCCGACGUUUCCACGCAUCAUGUCCCUGGCCGGCGUACAAUCUGCAAAUCCUGGUGGUGAUCCUGGCAGUGGCGGGUAUCCCUCGCAGGCCGAGGUCAAUGCAACGCAGCUUCGCUUUCGCAAGCAUUCGGUAACUUCAAAUCUAUCGUACAUGGAUUUUACCGGCUCCAUACUGCAAGUUCAUCUGAACACCGGCGACGAUGAAUUCGAGCAAAAUGAUCGGGAACUGAAACGCGUAGGUACUGCCACGGGCAGCAUGCUUGGCGGUCAUCGCGAUUCGUUUAUCAAAAUGAAGCCCACCGAACUCGACAAACAGGCCGAGGCUCAGGCCGUCACAGAUGCGGAUGAGGAGAAGAAGAAAAAGAAGCCAAGCUUUUGGCGUCGCUUUGCCGAUUUACUAGACAUUGCAAUGCUUAAGGAUAAGAUGUUCCUGAAUCUACUUUUUGGACUUUCCAUUUUCUACGUUGCCGAAAUGAACUUUAAAAUGGUCACACCAUUUUUCUUCGCAAAUCUCGGCUAUGAUAAGUCAGAUGUAGCCUUCUGCCUGUCCAUAACAGCGAUAACGGACAUUGCAGCCCGUAUUGUGCUUCCACCGAUUUUCGAUCGUACGACCAUCAAGAAACGCACAAUUUUUCUUGUAUCCAUCAUAUUUGUGGCCAUCACGCGUUCCAUUAUGGCCGAGCAAACGGACUGGACACAACUGAUGCUUUGGCUCUCGAUAUGUGGUUUUUUCCGCGGCUCGGCUCUUAGUAAUUUCACACUCACCGUCUCGGAGUAUUGUUCCUUGGAGAAACUGCCCUCGGCCUUUGGUUGGCAUCUGGUGGGCAAGGCCCUUUUUGUCAUCAGCUUUGGUCCGUUGAUUGGUCUCAUUCGCGAUGUCACUGACAGCUAUCCAAUUUGCAUACACGCGCAAAGCUUCUGCAUAAUGCUCUGCGCAUUGGCAUGGGGGAUUGAAUAUCUGUGGGAGUUUAUUCUGCAGCGUCGACGCACCAAGGACGCCACACAAGUUGCCACAACAAAUACAACGGGGGCGCAGGACACGAAUGUUAAGUUGUAACUAAAAGAAAAAAGAAAGAAACCCCCAAACCGUCAAAAUUAUAUGCUUGUAUAAUCAUAUUGAAAUAGGAAAAAAAAAAUCAGAUGGCAGAUGUACGUUUCUACAACACCACACAUUAUUAUAUACAUAAAGGUGCAUAUAUAUUAUACAUAUGUAUACAUAUGUAUUUAUGUUUGCCGUUAUAUAUA